AUGGUAUCUCGCUCCGGCGAUGGGAAUGAGGGGCCGCGCCCCCUCACCCCCUCCAGGACCCCCGGCACGCCGAUUAAGCCGCGAUUGACACGAAUCGGCACCAGCCCAACCAAGCGAGACGAGAAGCCAAAGGAGGAGAAGGUCUUGAAAUCAUCGGCAAAGGAUGUGGCAGAGCUCAAGGACUACCAAUUGGGCGACUGCUUAGGCAAAGGAGCUUUCGGAUCGGUUUACCGUGCGUUGAACUGGAAUACUGGAGAGACAGUCGCCGUGAAGCAAAUCAAACUGACGGAUCUCCCUAAGAGCGAGUUGCGUGUUAUUAUGCUGGAAAUCGACCUCCUGAAAAACCUUGAUCAUGCGAAUAUUGUCAAGUACCAUGGAUUUGUGAAGUCUAUUGAAACUUUAAAUAUCAUCCUCGAGUACUGCGAGAAUGGCUCACUACACUCCAUCGCAAAGAACUUCGGUCGAUUCCCAGAAAACUUGGUUGGAUUGUAUAUGUCUCAAGUGCUACAUGGUCUCUUGUACCUGCACGAGCAAGGUGUGAUUCACCGGGAUAUCAAGGGCGCCAAUAUCUUGACUACCAAAGAGGGUCUUGUCAAACUUGCGGACUUUGGUGUGGCCAGCAGGACGACUGGUCCAAGUGAGUCAAGCGUGGUUGGUACUCCGUACUGGAUGGCACCUGAAGUGAUUGAGCUCUCCGGAGCAACUACGGCCUCGGAUAUCUGGAGUUUAGGAUGUACAGUCAUCGAGCUUUUAGAGGGAAAACCGCCUUAUCACAAUUUGCAGCCUAUGCCUGCAUUGUUUCGCAUCGUCAAUGACGAUCAUCCUCCGCUUCCGCAAGGUGCUUCCCCGGCCGUGAAAGACUUUUUGAUGCAAUGCUUCCAGAAAGACCCUAAUCUGCGUGUCUCGGCUAAAAAAUUACUCAAACACCCUUGGAUCGUCAAUGCUCGCCGGUCAGAUUCUGUGGUCCCAAAGAAAUCUACAGAGUAUGAAGAGGCCGUCAAAAGUGUACAAGAAUGGAAUGAGGCACUUCGGUCUCCUGGCGCAGGUACAUCGAGGAAGAGUAACAAGUUUGAGCAUGGUGUCGGGCCCUUUUCUACACAGCGUAACUCUCUUGUGGACACAUUGCCAUCUCCGACUUCCAUUAAAGCCACUGAUCGAUUUCGAUCCCCGGAGUCUGCUGAGGAUGAUAAUUGGGACAAUGACUUCGCAACUGCCAUAUCUCCCAGCGCAUUGCAGCUACCCCAUCUUCGUCCUCAUGACAACUUUGGUGGAAUGCUUUCCUCCGAGCGACUGAAAGCGUUUGCGUCGUUAGAUGGGACAAUGUUGAGACCUGAUGACAGCUUUGAUGAGUUCGAAGAUGCGCCGAUGUCUGUAUCGGAAAAUGACCCUCUACAGACAAUACGACCAUAUUCAGCGAAAGCGGCUGAGCCAUCGAAAAAUCUGAGCCCUAUUCGACACCAAGCAAGCAAGCCAUCGGCUUCGGCUCUGCAGAAUGUCCCAAUCUUGACACAAAAUCCUGUGCCACCGAUGAGACGGGCGCGCCCGGCUAACCUUUAUAAAGAAAAUUCCGUCGAAGAUUACACCGAUCUCAUAAUGGCCAACGAGGAUGUUCUCGAUCGAAAACUUGGUCUCAUUAUCGAAGACGAGGAUCCUGAUUCUCCGGUGCAUGAAAACGGGUACAAUGCGUUUGAUGAUGACCGAAGUGGUCAACAUCCUCAAUUGCGCAAGCAGCUUUCUGUGAAGCGUGACAGGUCCAAAAUCGAGAUACACAAAUUUGCUGAGAAUGAGACUGAUGAAGAUUUCUCCGAUAUCCUCGGAGCCGAACAAGUGGGCAUGGAUACCACAGAGCUUGACGAUAGUUCGGAUCGUAGCACUUUGAUGCUCAACUCAAAAUUGUCUAAUAACUCGUGGUUAGGAGACCAAGAUGAUGACGAUGACCCAUUUGCUCAAUUGGAAGAAGGUUUCGAUGAGAUGGAUCUAGAGGCUAACAUUGCGCGUGACAAGUAUGCACGCCUCCGGAACCACGUUGAAGGUCUAGUCGGCUCUUUGAAGACUUCUCAGGAUGAAGAUGUUCUUGCCGACAUCUCGGAGCAGCUGCUCACUGAUUUUUGUGACCUGCCAGAGACCAAAAAUAUUAUCAUCAGCGCACAUGGAAUGCUGCCGAUUCUAGAGAUCCUUGACACAUCCCGUCGACGUGACAUAGUCAUCUGCUUGCUCCGUGUUGUCAACGCCAUAAUCUACAAUGACUACGAAGUUCAGGAGAAUUUGUGCUUCGUUGGUGGUAUUCCCAUUAUCAAUGAGUUUGCGUCCAAAAAAUACCCGCGGGAGAUUCGUCUGGAAGCUGCUGCUUUUGUACAACAGAUGUAUCAAACAUCUACCCUCACACUCCAAAUGUUUGUUAGCGCCGGUGGCCUUAAUGUCUUGGUUGAGUUCUUGGAGGAUGAUUACGAGGAUGAGCGCGACCUAGUAUUGAUUGGCGUGAACGGAAUUUGGAGCGUCUUUGAGUUACAGGGCUCAACUCCGAAAAAUGACUUCUGCAGAAUUUUGUCGCGUAAUUCUGUCCUAGAUCCCCUUUCACUCGUCCUUAGCCGUGUGUUGGACGAGGAAGGUGAGCUGGCGGAGAUAAUUGAAGGUCGCAUUGCCAACAUCUUCUUCAUUUUCUCGCAGGCCGAGAAUCAUGUCAAGGAAAUGGUUUCAGAGCGAACGGUUUUGCACAGGGUUCUCAAGGAACUGAAAAGGAUGUCCCCUAUCCACCAAAUCACAAUGUUGAAGUUCAUCAAGAACCUUUCCAUGCUUUCAACCACUCUGGACUCGCUUCAAAAUUCCAAUGCAAUCGAUGUUCUCACUGAGUUGCUUCGGUCAACCAUGAAGAGAGGCCAUUUCAGAGAGGUCUCGAACCAAAUUCUUAACACCAUUUACAACAUGUGUCGCCUGAACAAGUCUCGACAGGAAGAUGCUGCUCUUAAUGGCAUUGUGCCGUUGCUCCAGAAGAUCGUCAAUACCGAGAGGCCUUUGAAAGAGUUUGCUUUGCCCAUUCUGUGUGAUAUGGCACAGUCCGGCAAGGUUGGUCGGCGAGAGCUGUGGCGCAAUAAGGGUCUGGCCUUCUAUAUCUCAUUACUCGCGGAUCCAUACUGGCAAGUGACUGCGUUAGAUGCCAUCUUUACGUGGCUACAAGAAGAGACUGCCAAGGUUGAGGAGCAUCUGCUAGAUUCCCGCCCAGACAGGAACUUCGCUGACGCUAUCGUGCGGUGCUUGACACUGACGAAGGCAAACGCCUUCGAGAAUAUCCUUGAUCCUUUACAAAAGCUUCUUCGCUUGAGUCCCCCUGUAGCAUCAACAUUUGCUCGGCCAGAUCUUUUCACCAGAUUGGGGCAAAAGCUUCACCACAACAAGGCCGCCGUGCGUUUGAAUAUCUUGCGUAUUAUAUCGACCAUCUGCGAUUCAAGUGAACAGCAAGGUAGCCUGGUUGCUACCUAUGGCCUACUGGACGCCAUUCGAGAGCUUGAAAAUGACCCCGCCAUUCUUGUCCGAGACAUGGCAGGCAAGCUGAUUCAGUCCAAUGAGCGGAGCGAUGCCUUCGCUGUCGGUAAGCGCAGACCGGUCAGCCGAAGGAAAAGUACUUCCACGACCCCGCCGAACCCAUUCUCUAGCUCUACACCUUCAACUCCUCAAGCAAACCGCACAAGCCAGUCAAGGGGAUUCUUUGAAGGCCGCGAAACCCCACGCCAUCCACGCAACGCCCUGAGUGGCUCUUCUCUCGCUCUACGACCUGGCAGUCGAGACGGAAGCGCGUCUGCCCUUAGCUCUGCAGCCAAUGGCAGUGCAGCUGCACCACGACCCCGUAUCCCACGGGGAAUGUCCAACCGGCUUUCCUACAUUGAAACUCUACAAGAUGAGGAUGCCAAGGCCCCCAGCUCUCUCAGCCGUCGACCUUCUGUGAUUCCUCGACGCCGCCGAACCACGGUCGCCGAUUCUGAAUGGACAUAG